AUGCGCUUUACCAAUUUUUAUUUUAUUUAUCCAUUAGAUGUUGCUAUUCAAUCUAAACCGCUUACAAAAAUACUUAUUUUUGAUAAAAUAAUCGUCACCUUAGCUACCGUCAUAAGUGUCAUAAGUUGGAGUAGAGAAUGUGAUGUCAUAAUAUAUCGACAUGAUAAAUUGUAAUUAUAACAAACCCAAAUAUAAUUUAAUUGAUAAAGCUUCUAAUAAAAAUGGUUGCAUCACAUAGUCCACUUCAAAGACAAGGGUCAAGAGAUUCUGAAGUCAGCCUUGUUGUCAAGUAUCUUUUGUUUGCUUUAAACCUUUUAUUUUGGAUUGUUGGUGGAUUAACAUUAGGUGUUGGCAUAUAUGCAAAAAAUGAAAAAAAUCUUGGAAAUCUAGGUAGCAAAUUACCAUGGUUCAUGGAUCCUGCAAAUCUUUUUAUUAUUAUGGGAUCUGUUGUAUUUGUUCUUGCUUUUCUGGGUUGUAUUGGUUCUUUGAGAGAAAAUAUUGCUAUUUUAAAAACAUUUGAAUACACAAUCGAUAUACUGUUGUUAUUGGAAGUGAUAGCAGUUAUUUAUGUCUACGCUGAUCGCAACAGGGUAAAAAGAAAUAUUGAAAGCAUGCUUAAAAAUACAGUUAUAAAUUAUCGUGAUGAUGUUGACCUUCAAUCAAUAAUUGACUGGACUCAAGAAAAUGUUAAAUGUUGUGGUAUCCAAGGUCCAGAUGAUUGGGAACUAAAUAUUUACUUUAAUCAUUCAACGAAAGCAUCACCUGAAGCUGGAGGCGUACCAUUCUCGUGUUGUAAAAAUAAUAUGAAUACACAAUGUGGAUACAAAGUGAGAAGUCUCUCUACUUCAGAGAGACAAGCUGUUAUUUAUACUGACGGCUGUGUUGAUUCAGUAAUUAAUUACUUUUUGAAUGAAGACAAUCUUGUGCUUCUUAUAUGUGUUGCUGGAGCUAUGGUACUGCUACAGUUGAUAACAACAGGCCUUGCUCAUAAUUUGGUUAAUGGUAUACAGAGGCAAAAAGCGCAAUGGAAUAGAUAUCAAUCAGCUCUUGAUACUGGUAUGCAAUAGAUGGAUCUAAGUCGGAAAGUUUUGCUUCGACUUGUAUAAUUUAUUAAAGUUUCUACUAUUUUAUAUAUGACCUUGUAGGAUAAUUUAUUCAUUAUAUAUUAUUAUAUUUCUUUGUGCAUAGUUCCGAUCAGCAUUAGUUUAGUUUAUUGGGGUAUAUAAUUUCAAAGUGAUGUCUUUUAAACUUUUUUUAUAAAUUUAUUUGAAUUUUUUAAUGAAUUUGUCGGAUGAACAGUUUUUAAAUCUUGUAAAAGAGAUUAAAAAUAAAAAUUAUUUUGCGUAAAAUAUUAUAUUUAUUCGAAUUUUUUUUUAACUAAAUGAUUUAUACACGCAUUUAACUAUUGUAUUCAUUUUAUAUAAAUAGUGUGGGUACAAAGGGGCGGCUUGAGGUUCUCUAAAAAGUUUUACCACUUAUUCCUUAUUUUUUUUACACCUGCUUUUUUAUUCCCUAACUAAAAACGAUAAUAAAAUUAAAUUUCUAUUUUAAAUAUCUUAUUAAAAGUUUCACUAAAUUAAACUCAUGUUCAAAAACCGUGAGUAUAAGACUCACGACGUCCUCUUUUACUUUAUCUUAUUACCUGAAGCCGCCCAUGAUUGAACAUAAUAACGUUGGUUGGAAUUUUACGUAUUUGUUCACUAAUAUAUAUUACACGACUUAUUAUAAAUUUUUUGUCUGAUAUAUGUAUCAAAAAAGUA